AAACAAACCAGAGAGGGUCGGCUCAGGUGUCCCGAGUGACAUUUUGUUACAUAAAAUAAUCUGUGGAAAAACCGGGUUGUAAACAGCGCACGAGGAGCCGCCACCAAACCAAACCACGUGAUCAAAUGCGGAAAUUGUCCGAUCGGGAAAGUGUAGCGUAGAAAAGAGGGGAGUGGAGGCUCUGGUGUACGUCUGUGUUUUGAGCUGCUGCUGCUGCUGCUGCUGGUGACACUAGCUGGACUUUCCUGAACCAAACAGCACGUCCACACUCACCCCAUCGGUUAUCUGCUCACUUAGAGGCACCAGUGUCACCUGUCGGGAAUCAAAGUAAGGGUUGUUCUGAGGUCAGACUGCUGAGAUGACAAGGCUGUGACAGUGUGUGUCCAAGUGUGUCGGUACUGGACCAAUUCCUGUGACAUGGCUGCUGCUAAGAAGAGUUGUGCGAAGGCAGGAGGCGUGCGCUUCUCAGAGAUGCCCCCCGCUGCUGGAGCCCCAUCACAUGUUCACUUUGACGAAAAGCUGCAUGACUCCGUUGUCAUGGUGACUCCAGAGGACGAUGGCAACUUCAUGGUGAAGGUUGGCUUCCUGAAGACGCAGCACCGGUAUGAAGUAGUGUUCACCUUGCCCGAGGUCCCAGCUCUGGGGAAGGACGUGUGUCCAGCACCAGUGCCUAGUCCACACCUCCGGAUCACUGAUAUCACACCGGCACCAGAGGGAGGUCUGAAGGUGACGUGUGAGUACAUGGCCCAGCAGGAGGGCGUUCUGUGUGAGGAGGUGCUGCUGCUGAGCGAGACCAACGAGGACGUCUGUGUUAAAGUCAAAGUUCACGCCAGAGUCAUGGAUCGUCACCAAGGUACACCCAUGCUGCUGGAUGGCGUCCGCUGCAUUGGGGUGGAGUUGGAGUACGACUCUGAGCAGAGCGACUGGCAGGGAUUCGACUAACCCUGUAGUUCCUGCUCCUGUUCCACCUGAAGCACGCGCACACACACACACACACACACACACACACACACACACACACACACACACACACACACACACACACACACCUGACAUCAUAGAACUGUACAACCACCAAAUUUAACACACACCAAAUAGGAAACAGCAUACACACAGAUGAUGUAGUGCCACGUAAUGUACAUACAGCAAGUGUUCACUGUUGGAUUCUAACAUACAGAAACAUUCCUCUGCUGCAGCUUUCACGACAUCAACAGCAUCUGAACAGUCAGUUUCCUCCAGCUCACCUUUUGUCACCACGCUUCUGUUGUUAACCUGUGUUUCCCUCACUUGCACCUCUAGAGAGCAGCAGCGCUCUUUGAAUCAGUGCAGCCUCAGAUCUCUUCUCACCGCCUCCUGUGCUCCAGUUCACUCUGUCCCUGACGUGCAAACUGAACCCCAGGUGAGGCGGUAAAUAAGGGCUCUUUUAUUAAUUAGGUAGCUUACAAUUGAAUCUAUGGGAAGGAAUAUAAAUCUGCACAAAUCAGGGAAAAAUGUUGAAGUGAUAAGCAAAGCUGAGCCUGUAAUGCCUCUGUGAAACCACAGGGGGGCGCUGCAGACCGCUGUAUGUAAAGCUCCUCCAGUGUGCAGGCUGUUUUUGGUGCUGCAGUGUGGACACAGUCUCCAUUUAAAGGAAAAAUCCAACCAGGGCACCCUUACCCUGUUAUAUAUCUUUCAGUAUACGAGGUUCAUGUUGCGAUAUAUUACUUACAAAGUUUACAAAUUUUCUGCAUUUGCAUGGAAAUCCCAAGUAACGUGUGUGGAUUUAUUUCAACAUUUACAGCAGCAGCAAUGAGAAGAGAGGCUUUCCUCUGAAGGAAACAUGUGCUCCGGCUGUAUGGCGUUAAUCUAUUGAGGUAUUUUUCUGGAUUGGACCUACCUGUAUACAUUCGUGCAAGCAAGUGCAUCUAGAAAGACGUACUUUGCCUUUUGUUUUGAGGAACUGACAAAAUCUGAGGCUUGCAGACUGUGUUUGAGAUUUCUGAACAACCCAGUCAGCACAAGAAAAUGAUGGCAUUGUACAUUUCUGCAAACCACAGAUACAUUUUUAUUUCAGAGGUAUCAUAUCAUGCCUCUAAAGAGCUCUGAUUACUGUAAAACUUCAGUUAAACGCCCAGUCCCUUUUACUAGCCUGGUAUGGCUACACAUUGUGACAAAUAAAGGCCUGUCUCAAUUAGAGGCCUGGUCUGGUUGCCAAGCAGUUGGCUACCUCAAAUUAUGCAUCCAUUCCUCGAUUACUCUGUAAGUUAUUCAUAUUCCUUCAGUCCGUAAGGGUCCUCAGAUCUAAAGAAUCAAAACGGUUUUUCAUAGAAAUGAAUCCAAGUUGUGAUAAUUUGUUUGAAGUGCUGCUAGGUGCCGUAGUCCUUGAGUGCUGUAACUCGUUCUGUCUGUCAGAGCUAGAUCAAAUGAAUCAUUCAUAACUGAUAAAUUAUCUGAAGCCUAAUUUUUAUGCAAGUACAAUUCAUCCUGGUUUAAAUAAACCGUUUUAAUGUAGUUUUGUGUGAAAGGAAUUAAAGGCCUGUCCCAAAUAUAGGCCCCUUGAGUUCGGUUAUUUAAGCAAAUAAUAGCCCGGGCUACUAAUUUAAGUUUUACGGUAUGUCUAUAUGAGAUGACUUUGUUACCUGAAGGUGGAGGGGAUGGAGGAUGGCCUGACAUCAAGGUGCAGACAGCAGCAGACCACAGUUCGAGACCUACAGACCAAAAAUUGGGUGUUGUAAAGCGAGACAUCAGAAGCAUUUCAAGCAGCAAAAGCAGGCAUUCAAGCCAAAACGUGAUCUUUUCCGAACCACAACCAAUUUGUUUUUGUGCCUAAACAUAGCCAGAUGUUAACUAGUGUCGUUUUUUUGUCAUUUAAACAGUCUAUUACAGCAACAGAUGCAUCCAGAUGUACUUCAGUGUCAUGGGCCCUUAAUAUGCUUGAACCACGGUGUUGUUGAAGUGUAAAGACACGUAAAAUUUCAACACCUCCACCACAUAACAAUGUGUAAAAUCUGUGGUUUUGAAAAGUGUACAAAGCCAAAGUUUAUUCUGAUGACUAAGUUGUUCUGAAACACUUUUCUACUGCAAAACUUUUUUGUCGUUAAACUGCAAAUGUUUGACUUUAUUUGCUGUGAAUUUUAAAAACCAAACAGCAAGAUUUAAUCAGAAAUGGUGGCUGUUUGUGAGGGUUUUAAACAGAGCGAGUUAAAAUGACAAAAAUUCUCUGAAUCCAGUUUUGCAAAUACGGGGAUUUCUUUCAUCUCUCUGUUUUGUUGUCUUUGUAAAUUUAAUAUCUUUGAGUUUAUGAUCGUUGUUCCAACAAAACAAGACAUUUGAGGACAUUUUUUCUGUAUUCCUGGUGUCUUUAAACCCAAAUUAUUAACCCUGUAAUCAAGAAGUAACCAUUAGAUUAAUCAACACUGAAGAGUGUUCUGGGUGGAUUUUUCCUUUAAGAAGACCUGCUGCAGCCGGUCCAGAUGAGUUUCUUUCUUUCUUCAUGAAGCCUUCAGAACACACGUGCGAUGCAAAGUGCCUUUCAUUGUACCCUGCCGUCCUGUUUCUCCUGUAACUUGAGCCUGGUGUGGUUUCAUCAUCUCCUGUCACACACUGUACCCUCCAGACGAACACAGGGACCAGUGUGGGGCCCACUGUUUGUUGUCUCUCCCCUCUCCCUCCACCGGCUUGCCUCAGACAGGUGUAUAUCUGACUCCCAUCACUCCUCUGGCAGUGCGAGUGCAGCUCAGAGAGAGUCGACAGGUUGUAAAUGAGUUUAAUCACCUGUCAGCUCUGCUUCAUUUACAUUGUGCCAUGAUGUGGCUGCACUGUCGUCUCCCCUCUUUUUACAGACUCCUGACAUUCUGUGCGAAUCGACAUGUUUUGUUUCUGUCAAACCCUCCUGAAUACAUCAGCCUUAAAGGAAGUGAUUCUGUGUGUAACUUCUCAGUAGAUUUCAGAGUAGAUUUAUUAGCUGUUUGCUUGUGAUAGGUCAAAGUUUGUUUCUUCUUCUUGGUGUUAAACUGAAACGCUCGUUAGGUUACUGUUUCGAGAAUGUAGCAGUUUAUUUGUUGACGUCUCUCUUCUGUGUGUGUGGUUUGUAUUUUUUAAUGUCAAAAACCGAAUAAAAAUGAGUGUGAGUUUU